CAUCCACAUACAUAUAGGUCACUACGCAGUCGGGGACUUCAGAGACCACAAUGCAUUUCGGCAUUCCAAAACUUGUGAUUGGCUGAUGAAAUAUUGUUUCAGGAAGUGCUACACCGAAUUCAACACCAAUUUGCCGACCGAAAAUCCACAUAAUCCUCUCCUUUUUCUCUCUACGAGUGACAGACCGUGCUCCCAUGGCUGGAAGAAGAGUCGUGGUCUUUCCCUCCUCAGCUGAGCUGGGUCCUGCCCUGGCCCAUCUGGUGCUGUCUCGGGCAGAGAGAGCCAUCUCCUCCCGGGGCAGGUUCUCUCUGGGCCUCUCUGGAGGAAGCCUUGUGUCCAUGCUCAGCAAAGAGCUGCUCGCCCUGCCAGAGCUGGACUGCAGCAAGUGGCUGGUUGGCUUCUGCGAUGAACGGCUGGUUUCCUUCGAUGACCCUGAGAGCACCUAUGGGCUCUACAAGAGUCAUUUGUUCACCAAAACAAACAUCCCAGAUAGUGGGAUCCUAACCAUUGAUUCCUCUCUGCCUGUGAGCGAGUGUGCUGAGGAUUAUACGCGUAAACUAAAGGAGGCUUUCCCAGGAGAGGACUUUCCUGUCUUUGAUCUGUUGCUGCUCGGCAUGGGUCCUGAUGGUCACACAUGUUCCCUUUUUCCAAAUCACCCUCUCCUAGAGGAAACAAAGAGGAUUGUGGUUCCUAUCAGUGAUUCUCCCAAACCCCCUCCACAGCGCGUGACUUUGACUUUUCCCGUAGUGAACUCGGCACGCUGUGUAACGUUUGUGUCUACAGGUGGAAGCAAAGCUCCCGUUUUAAAGGAAGUCCUGGAGGGUAGAGAAGGCCCAGCGUUUCCGGCGGCUCGCGUUGUACCGACCAGCGGUGAGCUGUUUUGGCUCGUUGAUGACUCUGCAGCUGCGUCCUUGACUAUCCAGGUGGAAAGGUUUAGCUCGGGGGCCAAGCUGUAGCACGACCGGUGUCAGGGCAUCAUAUGGCAAUCCUACACCAGUGAGAAUAUGAAUCAGAUUAGAUAAAUUAACAAACAUAAUAAUCUUUGUAAAUAAGCACAUUCUGGAUGUUUGUGCAUUUUUUCAAUGAGCAGGGUGAGAUGUCAAAAAUAACCUGGUACAUACUUUACAAUACACACAUUUGUUAUGUUCACUGCAGAGUUUUGUUAAUGCAACACUGAUUAUCAUUUGUGUAUUCGACACACACACACACACACACACACACAUGUUGGAUAUGGAGACCUUAAAUCUGUUUCCUUUUAUAAAACAGUAACCUAAGAUGCCGCCGUGUCACCAUACUGCUGCCUGUUUGUGUUCUGUGAAGCGAUGGUGUGUAAAUUAAUAAAUAAUUUAAAAGAAAAAAUCUUUGUAUCAAUAACCAAACCUCUAUGAAAUAAUAAACUAACUGUUGUGCUCUGGUG